UCUUUAUUUUUAUGGGGGUGGGUGGUGCUUGUUAUAUGCUUACCUUUUUGUUUUAUUUUUUCAUUUUUACCUAUUUCUUUUUUGCUCCUCACCCCUCCUUUCCUAGGGGCUUGAGUGAGUUUAAGAUUGGGUUUUCUUGGAAAUUACCUGUCCAUUAUUAAUUUUAAGCAAUCUCCCCACCCCCAAAGAAUCUCUUCCUUAUUACAGUGUGGAAUGUGGUUAAUGAGAAACAAGUAGGGAGGAUUUCUGGGGCAAACACUGGCGGAUCAGGAUCGUAGUUCUCAGGCACGGAAUGGCUAGCGCGAACAACACCAACGUUUGGGCUGUCUCAGACCUUCGUUAUGGCAACUCAUGCAAGAAGCUGUUGAAUUAGACCCAUUUCCAGUAGAUGAGAAACCACACAAGCAGUGGUAUUUAUGAGCCUCCAUUUCUUAUACUACUGCAGUGAACCAACUUUGGAUGUGAAAAUUGCCUUUUGUCAGGGAUUCGAUAAACAAGUGGAUGUGUCAUAUAUUGCCAAACAUUACAACAUGAGCAAAAGCAAAGUUGACAACCAGUUCUACAGUGUGGAAGUGGGAGACUCAACCUUCACAGUUCUCAAGCGCUACCAGAACCUAAAGCCUAUUGGCUCUGGGGCUCAGGGAAUAGUUUGUGCUGCGUAUGAUGCUGUCCUUGAUAGAAAUGUGGCCAUUAAGAAGCUCAGCAGACCCUUUCAGAACCAAACUCAUGCCAAGAGAGCAUACCGGGAGCUGGUCCUCAUGAAGUGUGUGAACCAUAAAAACAUUAUUAGUUUAUUAAAUGUCUUCACACCGCAGAAAACACUGGAGGAGUUCCAAGAUGUUUACUUAGUGAUGGAACUGAUGGAUGCCAACUUGUGUCAGGUGAUUCAGAUGGAAUUGGACCACGAGCGAAUGUCCUACCUGCUAUACCAGAUGUUGUGUGGUAUCAAACACCUUCACUCUGCUGGAAUUAUUCACAGGGAUUUAAAACCAAGUAACAUUGUGGUCAAGUCUGACUGCACAUUGAAAAUCCUCGACUUUGGACUAGCCAGGACAGCCGGCACAAGCUUCAUGAUGACUCCGUAUGUGGUGACACGUUAUUACAGAGCCCCUGAAGUCAUUCUGGGCAUGGGCUACAAGGAGAACGUUGACAUGUGGUCAGUAGGGUGCAUCAUGGGAGAAAUGAUAAAAGGUGCAGUGCUCUUUCCUGGCACUGAUCAUAUUGACCAGUGGAAUAAGGUAAUUGAGCAACUAGGAACACCAUGUCCAGAAUUUAUGAAGAAAUUGCAACCCACAGUAAGAAACUAUGUGGAGAAUCGGCCCAAGUACGCGGGACUCACCUUUCCCAAGCUCUUUCCAGAUUCCCUCUUCCCAGCGGACUCUGAGCACAAUAAACUCAAAGCCAGCCAAGCCAGGGACUUGUUGUCGAAGAUGCUAGUGAUUGACCCAGCAAAAAGGAUAUCGGUGGAUGACGCCUUACAGCACCCGUACAUUAACGUCUGGUAUGACCCUGCUGAAGUGGAGGCGCCUCCACCUCAGAUAUAUGACAAACAGUUGGAUGAAAGAGAACACACCAUUGAAGAAUGGAAAGAGCUUAUCUACAAGGAAGUAAUGAAUUCAGAAGAAAAAACUAAAAAUGGCGUAGUAAAAGGACAACCUUCUCCUUCAGGUGCAGCAGUGAACAGCAGUGAGAGUCUCCCUCCAUCUUCCUCCGUCAACGACAUCUCCUCCAUGUCCACCGACCAGACCCUGGCAUCUGACACUGACAGCAGCCUGGAAGCCUCGGCAGGACCCCUGGGGUGUUGCAGGGGACUAGCCGCCUGCCUGCGGAACCCAGCGCACUACUUACUUAGAGAUGCUACUGUCAGUGUCCUCAGGGCUCUCCCAAGACGUCACGCACUGGGGUACCACAUGGUCCAUUUCACGUGA